GCCUCAAAAACAUUCAUGUGAAAAACUGAAAUCUAGGCCAGUAAGAGUAUUACAAAGUUACAAACUUUGAUUUGAACCCAAAAACAAGAAAAUAAAAGGAAAGGAAAACCAACCCAAGAACCUGAUAAAGCUAAUUAACCGUUUGGAAGAAGUAAUGAGGCUUAUUGAAUUGACCUUUCCUAGGCUCUAAAACUCAAACCGAAACCGACUCCUUGCCUGUCCACUAAUCCAUACUUUCUUUCUUCUUAUUCCCCUCGUGUCCAUUUUCUCUGCCUCCACGUUUUCUCGUGCCUAAAUCUCUCUCUCUCUCUCUCUCUCUCUCUCUCUCUCUCUCUCUCCAAAAAUCAUAAACGAAACCAAGAACAAGAAACCCCCUUUCCCAUUUCAAAUCUAUUACAAACCACUGUUAAAAGUUGUAGCCUUUGCAAAUGAGUGAGUGUUUAAGCAUUGGUUUUUUCAACUAUUUUACAUUAUGAAGUUAUAUGUGUAUGUAUUGGAAGGUAAAGACUUGCAUGUGAAAAACUGUUACGUGAAGCUUCAGGUAGGGAAGCAAAAAUCCAAGACUAAGAUUUUGAGGAACCCCACCAAUAAUCUAAUAUGGAAUGAGGAGUUUGUUUUCAGAGUCCAUGACAUGGAUGAGGAGCUUAUUGUCUCUGUCUAUGAUCAUGAUAUUGAUCCGGGUUUCUUCCAUGGAUCGGGUGGGUUAAUGGGUCGGAUUCGUUUGCCUAUUUGGUCUGUUGUUGCUGAGGAUAAUCACACCUUGGCCCCUACAUGGCUCUCUCUUGAAAAGCCAAAGAGAAAUAAGGGAAAACAUAUUGACAGAGACAGCGGAAAAAUUCUUCUCACUGUUUCUCUGCACGGAAAACUCCAGGAGUCUCAAUCCUAUUCCUUCAUUGAACCAAUGUCAGAUUUCACCAAUGAGGAACCUCAAGAACUUUUUUGUGUGUUACCUAACAAUGGUGGUGGCUCUACCAAAUCUAGGGGCAGGAAGAAAACAGAAGGAAAACAGUUGAUUAAAUCUUUUACUAACCGUCUAGAGAAGUUGUUUCACAAGAAUGAAGAUGCUUUUAAAACUAUUGAUUCUUCUUCGGAGUAUUCCAGUAUAAUUUCCGAAAAUGAUUAUUCGGUAGAGGAAUUUUUUUCUGAUUGUAGCUUUGAAGAAGCUCUUGAGAUAAUGAAGUCAAAGGAGAAUGAACAAGAAAUGCCUGAGAACUUGCAAGGGGGUGUACUAGUUGACCAAGCUUAUGCAGUUUCACCAAAUGAUCUUAACACAUUCCUUUUUGCUCCAAAUUCACAGUUUAGGAAAGAACUAGCCGAGCUUAAUGGAACUACGGAUUUACACGAGGAGCCUUGGACGUGGAGCUCAGGAGAUACUUCGUGUUUGACACGAGUUGUCUCUUCCACUAAAGCUGCAUCGAAGUUGGUGAAGGCUUGCAAAGCCAUUGAGGAGCAAACUUAUGUAAGAGCAUGUGGAAAGGAGUUUGCUGUUUUUGUAAGUGUUAGUACACCUGAGGUUCCCUAUGGGAAUGCAUUCAAGGUUGAAUUGCUUUACAAGAUAAUGCCUGGACCAGAGGAAGAAUCCUCUCAUCUUGUAAUAUCAUGGGGAAUUAACUUUCUUCAAAGCACAAUGAUGAGAGGUAUGAUAGAGAGCGGGGCUCGACAGGGCCUGAAGGAGAGUUUUGACCAGUUUUCUAAUUUGCUGGCUCAGAAUUUUAAGACAGUGGAUUCUAAAGUCUCAGCUGGAAAAGACCAUAUUCUUGCAACUCUGGCAACAGAACACCAAUCAGAUUUGGAAUUGGCCAGUGAAUACUUCUGGAAUAUCACAGUACUUACUACUAUUUGUAUGGUUGUGUAUAUUGUGGUGCAUAUAUUACUCAGUGAACCAAGUCAAAGACAGGGCUUGGAAUUUUUUGGAAUUGAUUUGCCUGACAGUUUUGGGGAGCUCAUAACUAGUGGAAUUUUAGUCCUUUAUUUAGAGCAUGUUUAUCACAUGGCUUCACGUUUUGUACAAGCUCGGUUGCAAAGAGGAUGUGAUCAUGGAGUCAAAGCACAAGGUGAUGGAUGGGUUCUUACUGUGGCUUUGGUUGAAGGGGUGAACUUGACAUCCUUAGGUUCCUCGAAUUUAUCGGAUCCUUAUGUGGUUUUCACCUGCAAUGCCAAAACAAGAACAAGUUCAGUGAAGCUUCAAACUAGUAAUCCCCAAUGGAAUGAGAUACUCGAGUUUGAUGCUAUGGAAGAACCGCCAUCAGUAUUGGAUGUGGAAGUGUAUGAUUUUGAUGGCCCUUUUGAUCAAGCCACCUCACUUGGGCAUGCUGAGAUCAAUUUCUUGAAACAUUCAUCUUCUGAACUUGCAGACAUAUGGAUCUCUCUCGAGGGAAAGCUUGCUCAAUCAUCUCAAUCAAAAUUGCACUUGAGAAUCUUUCUGGAUAAUAACAAUGGAGAGGAAACAAUUAGAGACUAUUUGAACAAAAUGGAAAAGGAAGUUGGGAAAAAGUUGAAUCUUCGAUCACCUCACAAGAAUUCAACCUUCCAAAAACUGUUCAAUUUGCCACCAGAAGAGUUUCUUAUUAGUGAUUUUACAUGCCAGUUGAAAAGAAAAAUGCCAUUACAGGGUCGGCUUUUCCUAUCUGCGAGAAUUGUGGGGUUCUAUUCCAAUUUGUUCGGUUACAAAACCAAGUUUUUCUUUCUUUGGGAGGAUAUCGAAGAUAUCCAGGUACUUCCCCCAUCUAUAUCAUCUGUCGGUAGUCCUAUACUAGUCAUAAUCUUGAAGAAAGAUCGAGGUCUUGAUGCCAAGCACGGAGCAAAGUCUCAAGACGAAGAAGGCAGACUUAGAUUUUGUUUUCAAUCAUUUGUGUCAUUCAAUGUGGCUAGCAGGACAAUAAUGGCAAUGAGGAGAAGUAGAAUUCUAACACCAGAUCAGAGAGCUCACAUUGCUGAAGAGCAGGAGGAUCAAGAAGAAAAGCCCAUCAUGGUUGAAGAAUCUGAUUUUGUGUUGGAAGCUGAAAAUGUCACCAUGUCAAAAAUCUAUGCUUCCGAGCUUCCCAUAAAUCUAAGCUUGCUGAUGGAAAUGUUUGAUGGAGGAAAGUUGGAGCUAAAAGUAAUGGAAAAGUCUGGUUGUCUUUACUACUCAACAACUCCAUGGGAACCCUUUAAGGAUGACAUUCUUGAAAGAAAACUUUCAUACAGAUUCAAUCGUUAUAUCUCAGUCUUUGGUGGAGAAAUCACUUGCACACAACAAAAAUUCCCUAUCCGAAAUAGCCAAGGCUGGAUUUUGAAUGAAGUCAUGACCUUUCACAAUGUUCCUUUCUGUGAUCACUAUCGUGUUCACUUCAGGUACCAGAUUGAGAAAUCUGUGAUUGCCCAAAAUGUAAGCAAAUGUGAUGUUGACAUGGGAAUAACAUGGCUAAAGAGCACAAAGUUUCAGCAAAGGAUUACUCAAAACAUUACAGAUACGUUCAGAAAACGAUUCAAAGAAAUAUUUUCCUUAGUGGAGAAAGAGAUUCUCUUAGCUACUCAAGUUCAGCACACAAUUACAUCAUGAUUCACUUACAUUCACCAUAUCUUUUGUUUUGUACCUUUAUUCAAUUUUUUUUCAUUUAUUUUAUUAAAGAAAUUAUUGUACGAAAAGAAAAAAAAAAGAAAAAUUUCAUAAUGGAAAAGUCUUUUGUUGA